AUGGGGGAAUUUACGUUGAGUGGAAAUGGUAAUAUCGGUUUAGGCACAGUCGAAGUACCUGUAAAUUCGAGCAAAAACAAUCAAAAUUCGCUUUUCUACACCACGCCUUCGUCCGUGAGUGAUACAACCGUCCUGCAAAAGACGCAAUCUCGCGCAGCAAUGCAAGAUGAACUUGCUGACAAAACAGCUGUCAGCGGAUCUGGAUCCGACGAUCUGCCUAGCAGUCCAACAUCAGAAAAAUCGAAAGAUUGUGUUGACACGAACUCUACUACUACGUCCGUCGAUUUAUCGGACAAACUAAAUGAGCAAAUAACGCACAAUACCAACAAGGCUCCAACGGCUUUGCCCCUUUUUCACUCGAGCGAGCCCAGUACACCAGGAAGUCUUUGGUCGACAGCUUUCGAAGACGGUUUUGUACCAACAAUACCCAGUGUUAAUGGUAAUAUUGGAUUUCAAAAUUUUCAAUCAACUGCUCAGCCCCAGUUGUUCGGUAAUUCCGUUAAUCAAAACCAAGGAGGCAGAAGAGCGAUAACCGCGAGUCAUAAUUUCCCGCAUAACUUGGGAAGACAACAAACGAGUCAUCCUCUUUACAAAGCGGGAUACGGUUCGUGGACGAAUCCAGGUCAAAACUGGUCGGCCAGUACUUCAAUUUGGAAUAGAGGAAGAAGUGUGCCUAAUCUUAAUCCCCUUCAACAGAUGGGGGUCGCUGGACGGAAACCGAGCCCCACUUUUAACCAUCAGCAGGUAAUGUCACCAGUAAAAUUUAGACGCAGCACUUCGUACCCCGGAAAAGGACCAUUUCCCCAGCCGCCUACUUUCGAAAUUACUAAUAUGGACGAAGCCCGUGAAUUUCUGCCUUAUCAGGUAAUUUGUGGCACCUUGUAG